AUGGAAGCCUUGAAGCUGCAAUAUUCACGAACUACAAAUUGUACUCAAGAGUUUGAUCCAGAUGGAGAGUAUGCAUUCGAGGUACUAUGCUCAGAACAAGAUACUCGUGAAUGUGCAAGAUUGACAGCUCAUUCAUUUUCCAGUUCUAAUCCCAUGACCGUCUUCAAAGGUAUAUCACCUGAUAUAUACUACGAAAAUGUUGCCUUGCCACUGAUGAUGUCUGUUAUCGAUCAACGACUCUCCUUAUUCGCUCGACAACGUGCUACAGGUGAAAUCGUAGGGUGCAUUAUUGCUGCAGAUUUCUAUCUAAAGCCUCAUUAUAAUGUGACAACCAUGAGCGGUAUUGCUCAUGAAGACUUGAUUGCUGAUCUCGAUACAAUGAGCUAUGGGGACUUCAACUUGGAAGAACAACUUACUCCCAAUUCAGUGUUAUAUUUUCUAUUGCAAGCAACAAAAGUAGGCGAAGAAGGCAAAGGUGUAGCCAGUCGAUUAAUACAAUUGGCAUGCGACUAUGCUCGCAAGACAAAAGGAUUUAAAUAUGCGCAUGCACAAUCAUCGAACCCAGCCAUGAGGCAUAUUUACGCGAAGAUGGGCGGUCAGGUGACAUCACAAAUCGAUCCGACCACCUGGAUAUGGAAAAAUGGCGGUAGCGGUAACGAAUAUCCUUUCAGAGAAUGGAGUGCUGGGCCCCUUCCGAACAUACGGAUCCGCUUGUGA